CGUACCGCGUUGCUGGUCUGGGCUUUUACGGGUGGAACUCCCUGCAUUCAUUUUGGUGAACAGGAGAUCUGAAGGUCAUGAAUAUCAGCCAUUCCUUGCCCUCCUCCGUAACCGGAAUAUCCUUCUCAUUUCUGUCUGCCGAAGAUGUUCGUCGCAUUUCGGUCAAACAAAUCGUCAACCCAAUACUUCUUGACGAUUUGAACCGGCCCAAUUCUGGUGGACUAUACGAUCCGGCUCUUGGACCCAGUGACCGACAGGACAUAUGUGCAACUUGUCGCUUGUCAUAUUUUACCUGCCCAGGGCAUUUUGGUCACAUAGAACUUCCAGCACCAGUUUUCCACCCAUUAUUUAUGACGAAUGUGUACAAUUUGCUGCGCGGAACAUGUCUUUUCUGUCACAGAUUCAAGAUGUCCAGGACAGUGCUAUCAAAAUACGCCGCGAAAUUCAAACUUCUUGAAUAUGGACUACUGAACGCGGCUCAAGGAGUUGACGAUUUGCAUCUUGCCGGUACGUUUACCGAACGACCAACAGGGAAGGGGAAAGGCAAAGAUCUACAACAGGAGGAAGAAGCGGUCGACAUUGAACCGGACGAUGAAUUCAUUUAUCGGGUGGAGGCAUAUGUUCAUCUUCAGCUGAGCCGUGCUUCCAGUAGCAAGAGGGACAGUUAUAAGGAUGCGCUAGUCUAUCAAGCACGGAAAGACUUGAUCAACGAAUUUUUGAAGAGUACGAUCCUGAACAAAUGCCAGAACAAGGAUUGUUCAUCAUUCGCCUAUACGUUCCGCAAGGAGAAUCAUACGAAAAUUAUCGAAUAUGAUUUGUCCGAAAAACAAAAACGUCAGCAGCUGAAGAAACGUCCGGAUGUCCUCCUUCUAGAAAAGGCAGAGAAGUUUAAUUCUCACCAAAAAUCCCCACGCGACGAUUCUGAUGUCGAGAUGGACUCUGCCGGCACAGACAGUGAAGGAGAAGGCGAUGACCUGGAAGAGGACGAGGACGAGAACGAUGGGGAUAAGGAAGUAGAUACAACUGCUCUUCCGCGUGCUGCGAACGGGAAAGUCAAGACGAUACGAGGACGGAAUGAGCGAAUCAUGGCACCGGAGGAAUGCAGGGCGCAUCUUCGUCGUUUGUUCCGAAACGAGGAGACAAUGUGCUCUUUGCUUUACGGCAAACAUGGCGCCUUCGCGAAACGAAAUUCCAAAGGGCUCUCAAUUGCAUCUGCUGAUAUGUUCUUCCUCGAGGUGAUCCCCGUCGCGCCUACCCGAUUCCGUCCCCCUGCUUCCAUGAAUGACGUUCUGUUCGAACAUCCUCAAAAUGAGCUCUUGGCUAAAGUCCUGAACACGUCAUAUCGCCUCAGAGAUCUCAAUCUCAGCCUGCGAAACGUCUCACAGAAAGGCCCCGACUAUAAUGAAGCGGAGAGGAAAAAGCUGAUGAGCAGUCUUCUGGAUGCUCUUCUUCAGUUGCAAGUCAAUGUCAAUAGUUUCAUGGACAGUAGCAAGAAUCCCGCGCCCGUGAGACAAGGCAAACUUCCACCUGCGGGUGUGAAGCAGGGGUUGGAGAAGAAGGAAGGAUUGUUCCGAAAACAUAUGAUGGGUAAACGAGUUAACUAUGCCGCACGAUCUGUUAUUUCUCCCGACGUCAACAUUGAACCUAAUGAAAUCGGUAUCCCACCGGUCUUUGCCACGAAACUUACUUUCCCCGAACCAGUCACGGCGAUGAAUGUCGUCGAGAUGCGUCAGCGAGUAAUAGCAGGCUCACGGGAACAUCCGGGGGCAACAAUUGUGGAGUAUGAAGAUGGUCACCAAGUGUCACUGGAUAAACUUUCAAUAGAACAAAGAACGGCAAUUGCUAACCAACUGAUGACACCUCAAGCCGAAGAACAUGUUGGUUCUGGGAGACGUGGGCUGUACACGCGGACACCAGCAAUUAACAAGAAAGUUCACCGGCAUCUUCGGGAUGGCGAUAUGCUGAUACUCAACCGGCAACCUACGCUACACAAGCCAAGUAUGAUGGCGCAUAAGGCCCGUAUCCUACACGGAGAGAAAACUAUUCGGAUGCAUUACGCUAAUUGUAAUUCCUAUAAUGCUGAUUUCGAUGGUGACGAGAUGAAUAUUCAUUUCCCUCAAAAUCAGGUGGCCAGAGCUGAGGCUCAAAUGAUCGCAAACACCGACAACCAAUAUCUUGUCCCAACGUCCGGAAAUCCUCUGCGAGGACUCAUCCAAGAUCAUGUAGUCGCAGGCGUCUGGAUGACCACUCAGGACGCCUUCUUUGAGCGUGAAGAGUAUUUCCAGCUUCUAUGUGGUGCCCUCCGAGCUGAUGAAGUUGUCGGUGAUCGUCUGGUUACCCUGCCACCUACGAUCUGGAAACCUCGGCCACUGUGGACUGGCAAACAGAUUAUCUCCACGGUUUUGAAAAACAUCACCCCGCGCGAUCGAUUGGGCCUAAAUCUCGUUGCUGGGACCAAAGUGCCCGGGAAACUUUGGGGUCCUUCGUCAAAGGAAGAUACGGUCAUAUUCAGGGAUGGCGAGCUCCUUUGUGGUGUCCUUGACAAAGCUGCUUUUGGAGCUUCCGAAUACGGUCUCGUUCACUCCGUCUAUGAACUAUACGGAGCAGAUGUCGCUGGGCAGCUGCUAGGAAUUCUCAGUCGGUUGUUUACCAAAUUCCUCCAACACCGUGCAUUUACAUGUAGGAUGGACGACUUGACGCUGACGCCCGCUGGGGAUACGACACGGAGGGGCAUCCUAGAUCGCGGAAAGAACCUUGGCACAGAAGGCUCUAUCGAAAACUUCCCUUCUCUGGCAAAUACACCGAAAGAAGACAUCCCGCAGGCUCUAAAACAGCUCUUGGAAGAGGUAUUGAGAGACGAUAGCAAGAUGGCUGGAUUGGACAUGACAGUCAAGUCCAAGCUCGGGAAACUCACCUCAUCUAUCUCCGAAGCCUGCAUGCCUAAUCACCUCCUACGAAAGUUCCCCCAUAAUCACAUGCAGGCCAUGACUCGUUCCGGUGCAAAGGGAUCAGAGGUCAAUGCCCGGCAAAUAUCAUGUGGUCUUGGCCAGCAAGAACUCGAGGGUCGCCGGGUGCCCGUCAUGGUCAGUGGAAAAACCUUGCCCUCGUUCCGCCCCUUUGAGACCAAAGCAAUCUCUGGCGGAUACGUUGCGAGCCGAUUCUUAACAGGAAUCAAACCACAGGAGUUCUACUUCCACUGCAUGGCCGGUCGAGAGGGUCUCAUUGACACUGCCGUCAAGACGUCCCGCUCUGGGUACCUGCAGCGGUGUCUUAUCAAGCACUUGGAGGGUAUACGCGUGCAUUAUGACCACACAGUUCGGGGCAGCGAUUCGUCUGUCUACCAAUUCCAUUAUGGAGGAGAUUCACUCGAUGUUACGAAACAAAAACAUCUCCAGCAGUUCGAUUUUCUUGCCGCUAACGAGACGUCUUUCGUUAGUCUUCUGGAACCAGCACAACUGAAAGAUGUUGUCGACCAGAAGCCCGCUUUGGGGCAUAUGAAAAAGACUCUUAAGGCGCUCAAAGAGGACCCCAAGCAAAACACGUACGACCCUGUGCUGUCUAUAUACAGCCCUAGUCGUCAUAUGGGAAGUGUCUCCGAGGGUUUCGCUAAAGCGAGGGACGACUAUAUCAAAAAGAACCCGGGUGGAUUAAUCCAGAAAAAGGGUGAAAGGACGUGGUUCAAACGACGGACUGAUUUGAUUUCUGGUAGUCAUUUCAGGAUGUUGACGAAUGUCAAGUAUAUGCGCAGUUUAGUAGAGCCCGGAGAGGCUGUGGGAUUGCUAGCUUCUCAAGGUGUUGGAGAGCCAUCCACCCAGAUGACUCUGAACACCUUCCAUUUUGCUGGACAUGGUGCUGCAAAUGUCACACUCGGUAUUCCUCGGCUACGUGAGAUCGUUAUGACUGCAUCUCAGAAACCCAAAACCCCUUCAAUGACCAUGAAAGUUCGCCCUGGCAUUCCCCAGGCAGACAUAGACAUGUUUUGUAAGCGUGCUAGCAAGCUGACGUUAUCUCAAGUGGUCGAAAAAGUUACUGUCACGGAGCAGCUGAAAGCUCAGGGUGCUGCGCGACGGCUGGAGUAUCUUUUCGAUAUCACGUUCUUUCCCGAAGCAGAGUACACCGCAGAACAUGAAGUUGACCCUUCUGAAAUCCUUGCAUGUUUCGCUACAAAGUUCCCGCUAACUCUCAAGAGGGAAAUCGUUAACGAGAUGAAGCGGCUGGAUUCUGAUGUCAAGACUCAGAUGGCAGAACUGGGACGUGGGAAGAAAACAAGGGAAGAAGGCGUGGCUGAUGGCGAUGGAGGCGAUGAAGAUGCUGGAGAGCCAAAAAGGACAAGAGGCGAUGACGAAGGCAGUGAAGUUGGCGAUGGUGAUGCCGAUGAUGCCAAGCGAGCGCGCCAACGAAAGCAGCAGGCUACGUACGACGAGGAUGAUGAGGAGCAGGAGGAGGAAGAAAAGGAUAUGGAAGCUGAACUAGAGGCCGAGUUUACCUCUGAUACAGAGUCCGAGUAUGAGGACAAGGCCAAGGCUCGGUCAAAGGAACUCCAAGAGGAUGCGAAACGUGUGGGGGAUCUCUUCAUGGGACAUCUCCACCAGUGCACAUCCUUUGACUUCUCCGAGUCACGGUGUACGUUCACCCUCGAGUUCUCCUCUGAAAUGCCCAAGUUACUCUUCAUCGGUAUCGUGGAACGCACUUGCCGCUCAACCAUCAUCCGACAGAUCCCUGGCAUCACCGACUGCUUCCAGGUCAAAUCAGAUGGCAAAAGCGGUGACAGUCGGGUGACGCUCACAACUAACGGAUCAAACUUUAGGGGUAUGUGGGAGUUUUGUAUCCCCGAUGUUGAGGGUGUUUUAGAGGACAAUGAGACGUAUUCGAACGAUAUCUACGCCAUUUUGAAGACGUAUGGUGUCGAAAUGGCCCGAGCUGCUAUCUUACGAGAGAUGAGUGGUGUCUUUGGUGUCUAUAGCAUCAAGGUGGAUCAGCGUCAUCUGGAGCUUAUUGCAGAUUAUAUGACGUUCGAGGGUGGUUACAAACCAUUCAAUCGGAAGGGUAUUUCCACAAAUCCGUCGCCGCUGCUAAAGGCGUCGUACGAGACAACAGCAGCUUUCUUGUCAGACGCGACACUGUAUGGAGACUUUGAUGACCUAUCAACCCCCUCUGGAAACAUUGUCUUAGGACGGCCAAACUUGACUGGGACGGGGGUCUUCGAUGUCGUGAUGCCUAUAGACACAAAAAUGUAGUAAUUUUAGAUCUAAUUUGGAAUCUGAGUUCAACCAAUCCAAGCCUAGGUCUGACUAGGUACUAGGAAACGCGGUUCCACCUCUACA